AUCUCUACAAGUAAUAUGCAUCUCUUUGAUAAAAAAGGUGUCAUAAAGAAAUAUGCGUCUUCAGAACAAAUCGUUGAAGAGUUCUUUGACCUCAGGCAUGAAUACUAUGAGAAGAGAAAGGAUACUAUGCUGAGGAAUCUGGAACUUGAGCUGCUGAAACUAGAAAACAAAGUGAAGUUCAUUCUUGGAGUUGUCAGUGGAGAAAUCAUAGUGAAUAAUAGAAAGAAAGCUGAUCUUGUUGAGGACUUGAGACAGAGAGGGUUUACACCAUUUCCGAAGAAGUUAAUGCCUGUAGAAGCUGCAGUUGCUGGAGCAGUUGAUGCAGCUGAAGAAUCUGAAGAAAGCUCAGUGGAUCCUGCAGAUUCCGCAGACACUUAUAUACCCGGCUCAGAGUAUGACUACCUAUUGGCAAUGGCUAUAGGAUCGUUGACUAUAGAGAAAGUCCAGGAGUUAUUGUCAGACAGAGAUAAAAUGAUUGAAACAGUUGAGGACUUGAAAAAACACACACCAGAAUCCCUCUGGCUCAGAGACCUGGAUUCUCUUGACAAGGAACUAGAUAAACUUGAUAAGGCCGAUGCUAAAGCCGAAAUAGAGAGAAAGGUAGCACUGGAAAAAAUCAGGGCCAGUUCUGGAGCACCAGUAAAGGCUAAAAAACAGGCGCCAAAGAAACCGGUAACAAAGAAGACGACAAAGAAAGCCAGUGAAUCCGAAACAACAGAGGCUUCCUAUUCAGCAAUGGACACUGAUAACAACGUAGCAGAAGUGGUGAAGCCAAAAGGUAGACAAGGAGGAGCCAAAAAGAAGGCCCCAGCUGCAAAGGAGGUUCAGGAGGAUGAAAUGUUGGAUCUAGCACAACGGCUUGCUCAAUACAAUUUUGGCUCAGCAGCUGCGGAUUCAAGCAAAGCAACUGAAACAUCGAAAGCAAUUGACGUGGACGAUGAUGAUGAUGACGUGGUAGUUGAGGUAGCUGCACCAGCAAAGAAAGGAGGAAGAAAACCGGCGGCAAGUAAAGCCGCAAAACCACCAGCAGCUCCGAGGAAAAGAGGGAAGCAGGCGGUUGCUUCAACAGAGGUUGCGGCGAUUGGUGUGUCUCCGGAGAAGAAAGUGAGGAAGAUGAGAUCGUCUCCGUUUAACAAGAAGAGUAGUUCAGUGAUGAGCAGGUUGGCUAACAAGGAAGAGGAGAGCAGCGAGAAUGUGGCUGGAAACUCAUCGUCGGAGAAAUCUGAAGAUGUUGCUGUGAAAUCGAGGCCUCAGAGAGCUAGUAGGAGGAGAAUGACGUAUGUGUUGAGUGAUUCAGAGAGUGAAUCUGCGAAUGAUUCUGAGUUUGAUGACAUUGAAGACGACGAAGAUGAUGAGUGACUAGAGUGAACUUAACUCGGUUCUUGAUAUGAUUCAGUUUCAAACUUUUUUAGUUUCUCUCUCUCGUCUUCUUUAUGGUAUUAUUCUAAUGAAACAUGAAAGACAUGUAUCUCUCUAACGUUUGCCACAAAACUCUAGAUUGUUUAAGAGUUUGGUCUUAUCAAAUCAUUCUCUUUUGGUUGGUUAAAGUAGAUACAGUUGCAUAUGGAUC